AAAAAAAAAACCAAAAGGUAGUGAUCGUAAAACCUCCGGCAAAAAAGAGAAAAAGGGAGGCAGAAAAAAGCGAAAGCAGAGCAUUCCAAAUCGUCUCGAGUGAGUGGAAAAAAAAAGAGGGCUGCAACAAGAGAAGGGAAGAAAAGAGGGAGGCAUAUCUUCCAGCUUUCGAAGAGAAACAUGGCCCACGGUGGCUAUGGCAAGCGGAGGGUGGCUGAGCGCAAACCCCCUGUAGGCCGCCGUUCCAAAGGAUUAGGCGGAGACAAGAAGCCUAAACAAAAGCCCAAAUCCGUCUCUCUCAAGAACCAAAUUCGCUCCGUCGAGCGCAUGCUCCGCAAGAAGGAACUUCCGCCUGAAGUAAGGGAAGCUCAAGAGAAAAGGUUAGAGGAAUUGAAGAAGCAACAAGAAAUUCAUACUCGUUUGGCUCUUGAACGCAAAAUUUUCUUGCGUGAUAGGAAGAUUAAGUUUUUUGAGAGAAGAAAGAUCGAAAGAAGAACACGGCGUCUGGAGAAACUGCAGCGUGCUUCAUCUGGCCAGGCUGCUCAAGAUGUUGAUCUUGCUGACCAGCUUUCUAAAUUGAAAGAAGAUCUUGAAUAUGUUAGGUUUUUCCCCAAGACUGAGAAAUACGUAGCUUUAUUUACUGGAGGUGAAGAUCCAGAAAUUGUUGAUAGGAGAAAUAGAUUGCGCAAGCAGAUUAAAUCCAACUUAAUUGCUGCUGCAGCCAGCGGCAAGGAUUUGGAAGAGACAGGGAGUGAGGAUGAUGGACUUUUGGAUCUGAGUGAAGAUGAUUUCUUUUUAACUGGAACCUCGAGUGAUGAAGCUGAUGCAGAUGAUGAAUGGACAGAUAAAAGCACAAGGGAACCAGCUUCUAGUGCUUCUGGCAAAGCAGCAUCUGGAAUGUCAAGUGAUGAAAGAAAUCAGACUGCUGCCAGAGCUCUAAUGCCUCCUCCGCGGCCUUCAAACAAUUUGCAUGCAAAUUCAGUGCAUGCUCAAUCAAAGUUUGGAGCUUCAUCUAGUAAAAAUUCAUGGAAACAGAGGGCUGAGAUUUCUACAUCUAGCAAUACAUCAAGUAGCAGAAGUAGAGCUUCCUUUAGGGCUGGGGGGUCUUCAAGUACAAGGACAGGACACAGUAGUAAUCUAAGUUCAAAUUUAAGUUCAAAUUCUGAUGCUCAUAAACCCCGAAGGAAGAGGAGGCCAAAGAGGAAAAGGCAACAGGCCUGAAAUGGAUGGAGUCAGCAUACAUGUAACUGCACUACAAUCAAUUUAAGUAGCUUAUCAGAUAUCUAUUAUUAUUAUUUUUUGCAGGUCUGUUGUAACCACCAAAUAUUUUUCAAUUUUUUUUAUCACUAAACAGUCAGGAAUCUGUACCUUUUGCCCUUUGAAUGUUUACUUGAUCCCGCGCCUGUGAAGUGCUAGGGUUAUUGAGAAUUCUUUCCUACAGAAA